AUGGCAGGGGAAGAGGAGGAUCAAUGUGAGCCAUCGACAUCAAAGCAAGCAGAAAGCAGAGCUUCCGAAGAAAAUGGCAGAGCUAUGGAUCCAUUAGCAUUUGAGCUUUGCGUCUUGAUCGAACGACAUCUCAGCGCUGGCCCAUUUCGGAAAGUUGGUGCGCAUUUGAGGCAGGAAUUGGAUAGACACGCACUAGUGCCCAGAACGAUCGAUUAUCUCGGCGAGUCUCAUCCGACGACAUAUAAAUCCUUUAUUGGUAAAAUUCACCCAAGCAAUCUUUCAUCAUUGGAUGGGAUCAUUAAGCGUCUCGCUGAUUUGAAUAGCAAAGAGGUUCCUCAAUCCCUUGCGGGCUUGCCACGGAGAUUAUUGUUGACGAAAAGAAAUGCUAUUGAUCGAACUCCUGAAUCUAUCAAUGAAAAACAGCUUUUACGAGGUGCCUUUGGACCGUGUCUAACAAUCAAACCUUCAGCUGGAAAUUGCUUUACGAAAAUGAUACGUGCACGAGAACUUGGCGGAAACGUUACACCACGGCAUCUUAUUCCACCGGGUAGAGUUAUAUCAAUGUCACAGCAGUUUCGUGUCACUGGCCACUUUGAUCCCAUCUAUUGUGUGCUCAUUGAUCGCACUGGACAAUACAUUCUAACGGGCGCGGAUGAUAGCCUUAUUAAAGUGUGGGAUCUUCGACGAGGAACGUUGCGCUAUACAUUUCGUGGACAUGAGAGCCAAAUUUCUGAUAUGACGAUUUCGACAUGCAAUUCCUAUUUGAUCACAGCCAGCGUUGAUAAAAGUGUUCGAGUUUGGAAUCUCCAGAAUGGCGCUUGCAUCAAGACUUAUCGAGCACAUACAGCCCAAAUAUCUUCGGUAAAGUGGCUACCAUUCAGCAAAGGAUCAACACGUUGGCUCAUUACAACCUCAUGGGAUUGUUCAAUUUGUUUUUAUCGUUACGAUUGCAAGGAGAAAGAAUUUAGUGACAAUGUGGUUUCGAUCUACGAACGAGAUGCUCCUGGAAUGCGCCUGUGCACUUCAACACAUUCUCCAGGUGGCGGUUUGAUUGCUGUUGGAGAUUCUCAACAAAGAGUUCGUCUAUUUUCCGUCGAUGAGAAAGGGCCGCAAAAACUACAAGAACUUGAGGGUCAUACGGAUCGAGUCGACAGCCUUGUAUGGGCCCAUUCGGGCGUUCGCUUAGCAUCCGGUUCUCCGGAUGGAACGGCAAGAGUUUGGACGGUGAGAUGUGGAAAAUGGAGACACGUAACGUUGAAGCUCGAUAAAAGUGAUCAGACAUUGACUGCUCAAUCCAUCGACACGAGAAAAAUCUCAAAGUACAAGAUAUUGAUGCUUUGUUGGGCUUCUGAUGAUUCGCGACUUAUUACAGCUGGCAAUGAUAGCGUUUUCAGAGUAUGGGACCCGAAGAAUGGCUCACUGAUGCAUCGACUUGUCGGUAAUGGUGUGAGCUAUGUUCUCGUCCCGCAUUCCAUCAACCCGAACUUACUUUUUACUGCUAGCCACGAUGGGAAGUUAAUGCUCUGGGAUAUAUUUGCUGGAAAAUUACGCAAACAUUGGGACAAUACGCUUGAAACUGGCGGUUGUUCUCCACUUUUUGAUUUAGCUCUUUCUGAAGAUGGCACCUCCUUGGCUGUGGUUGAUGCCAAUGGUCGACUAACGCUUUUUGGCAUGGGCAUGGCCAUGGGCAGCAAUCGAAUGGUCAAACUCCCUCGAACGCAAAUUAAAAUGCAAAACAAUAAUUUUGGGCCCUUGACCUACGAUGCACUUGGUUUCCCGUACGAUCAUCGAACCGGAAUACCACCACAUCUUCUCCCGCCGCCACGCCUUAUGCAAACGGAUUUUGUGAUCUCCGAAGAAAUGCACCGACUAAUUGUUCCAGGUCGCGACGUUGACAAUGUGCGUGAAGAGGAAUUACAAUGUGCCUGGACCCAUCGUAAAAUCAUUCCGGAACUAUCUUUUGAUCAGCUAGCGAUGGAGGAACAACGUCUUCGACAGAUUUACACUGGUGAAAUAAACUUUUUUGAGCAAGAAAUUUCAAAGGAAGAUCAAGAUGCUGAGGAAGAAAAAGAACCACAGCCUCAGAUACAGCGCACACAUCGUCCUCCGGAGCAACGACGCACAAACCUUGCCGCUACUUUGGAUCGAAUUGCAACCGCUGCUCAAGAAGAAGAAAGGCUGAGGAGAGAAGCGCGUAUAGCACAAAGAACUGAACGGCGGAUGAGAAGACUUCGACAAGGACAUCUGUCACCGAUACCGUUAUCACAAGCCGUUGAAGGGGAUAAUUCAUUCGAAAGGAACGCUGGAUCGGGAAGCGAAAAUGAAAAUAACAGUGAUGAGUCAACAAGUGGAUCGGAUGUUGAUGAUGAAGAAGAGACGAGUGAUUCCGAUUUUUCUGUGGGGCCUCGGCGGGAAAAUGAAGAGCGAACACGUCGACGAUACAAUAAAGAAACUGCAACGUCCAGUCAAGAGCCAGAAUUGAAUCCACGAAGGACUAAACGGCAAGAAGAUAUGUUGCGAAAGAAGGAAGAACGUCGAAAACGGCGAGAGGAGGAAGAAAAUAACCCGCAAAGUGUCCCGGGCCCAUCUAGACGGCAGAGACGUUAUAAUCGCCACAAUUCGACCAUUGAAUCUAUUGCUGAAGAAACUGGAGCGAAUAUGUCUGAAAGAGUGCUGUCCGACUUGGAUUGGGAGUACCGUUUUCCGGAUCACUACAAACGUGUUACUCCGGCUCGGUUUCCCUACUUCGCGCAGCCUGGAGAUCUUGUAGUUUAUUUCAAACAAGGACAUGAAGCUUACUUGAAACAAUUGAGCAUAGUGGAUAUUUAUGAUCCGACUCGGAAUAUGCUAGUUUGCGAUGGUCUUGACGCUGAGGAGUUCUGCAUCGUGACACAUGUUUCAUACACCAUGAAACCGUACCGACUUGUCGUUGUCAAUCUGGCUCGAGUCGAUCGCCGAACAAAUGUGCCAACCGGAAAAGUUUGGGCUGUUAAAUUUCACGACUUGGACAAUGUAGCGGAUUUUAUCGUCUUGCGACAGUUUUAUGAUGAAAGCAUGGAACACCGCUUUGACGUUGGGGACCAGAUUGAGGCUGUCUUGGAUUCGCAAUGGUGGACGGGUGUAAUCAAAUCGCGACAACCCAAGGACCCAGAGUUACCCAGUUCACACUGGUAUUGUUUACACGUGGCAUGGGAUUCUGGAGAAGAAGAGCCACUUUCACCUUGGGACAUGCAACCGAAGACGCAAAAUAGACGCUCAGAAAGUGUUGUAUCAGAGGAAGAGCAUUUAACACUGGCCCACUAUGUACUUCAACGUGGAGAUUGGCCAUCAAAUAACAGAGAUCCUGAUGCUAGAUCGAACUUUGAGGAUGAUCGCGAUGCUGCUACUCGAUUGUUACAGAGAGCGAUUGCUUGGCUGAUUGGCCAACAAGAUUUCGUGGCCUUCAUUGAACCGGUUUCAUUGACCGACUACGAAGAUUACCCACUAGCGGUUGCUUAUCCUUCUGACCUGGGAACAAUCACGGAACGUUUAAUCAACAAGUUCUAUAGGCGCUUGGCCGCAUUUCAAUUAGAUGUCUGUCAGAUUUGCAAGGCUGCCGAAUCUUACAACGAUCCCACCAUGCCAAUUGUCAAGAAUGCAAAAAUUCUGGCAGCAGCCUUGAUUGAUUUGAGCAAAAAUAUCUUCGACACAAGUAUUGAAAAUAGUCUCGACAAAGUGAAAGAAAUGACCAUUGGAGAGCUGAACACGAUGCUCAAAGAAUAUCUUCGGCGUCCCUCGAGAAACAAACAAAAUCGCGGAUAUGAAAUGAUGAAUGUUGAACUAACAAAACCCGGAUGGAAAACGGAUAUUGCAAAAGGAUUGAAGGAAAUCUGCAGGGACAAAUGUGCGAGACAUUUUCUGAAUCGGGAGAAUCCGACAACUGAAAUGCACGCAAUCUGGUCAAGAUGUGAUCCGGAAGUGCGUUCAUUAGAAGAAAUUAUUGAUUCGAUUGAAGAUGAAUCGAUUGAAUCUCCAAACAUGGUGCUCGACAAGAUAGUAAAUAUGAUUGCAGAAAUCGACCAAACAGACGACGAUCGACGUAGCGAGAUUUAUCGUAAUGGUCUUCUGUUGAAGCAAAAAGUGGAGGAAAAGAUCCUCCCCAUCAUCAAACAGGUUAAAGAACUGGAAGAAAAGGCAAAAUCACUCCUCAACCUUGAUGCAGUUCGCGAGUUACGAGAAACGAAGCGUAAUCACAAACUUCAUGCUUAUGACACAAGACAUCGUGAUGAUUUAAAAUCAAAUAUGCCAUCCACUUCAAAAGCAGUUUGUGACUACAGUGAUGAGGAGUUUUCCAAUCUGAGAAAAACAAGAGCGCUCAGAAGACAGAAGAGAAGUGAAACGGUGGAGGAACUCGAAGAAUCCGACGAUGCAAUGGGACAAGGUACCUCUCAGGCAUCCGCAAAAUACGAGGAUGAAUCUGAAGAAGAAAUAAUUCCUAGAACACGGAAACGAACGCAGGGGGGAAGGGUUGUUAAAGAACUAGACAAUCUCGCUGAUUUGGAUGCUUCAACCAGUGAACUGGGUGAAGAUCGCAGAUCGAGACGUGACAGAAGAGCUCAAUCAACUACCGCCCCUCAACCACAACACCUCAUUGUUGAGACGACAAUAGGAAACGGUCGGCCAAGUCGGCGUUGCUCAACUCGCACCGGUGGAGCUAUGAAGCGUACCAGAGAUGACUCUAGCGAUGACCACUAUGGUUCUCCCAAGAGAAACGCCGCACGUCGUAAACCUGUGAGCUACGCCGAGGAUAGUGAUGACGAAGAUGAGCCAACGGUUUAUUUACAAACGGAGUCGAUCUCACAGCGUGGACGAGUGCGAAAGGUCCGCAAAUUCGAC